GUCUCCCUUGUUGGCGCCCCCUAUCGGCUCGCAGUGAUUUUCUAUUAUACCGGCGGAGACAGCGGGGAGUGGGCAGGCUCUCUCCGUGGGUUUUAGCGGAGGCGACGUCACCAGCCUGCGCUGUCCGGCCGUGUUUAGGAGCGCAGUGCGCCUGUGUUGAUCGAUAUUAGCGAUAUAAUCGAUAUUAGCGCGGUAAUCGAUCGUUUCCCGAGUGUACCGCCUGCCCCGUGAUGUCCUCCAAAGGGAAGAAGAAGGCGGUGAGUCAGGAGGAGCUGCGGCGGCUGAUGAAAGAGAAGCAGCGCGCGGCUGAGCGGCAGCGGCGCGUGCAGUCCCCCUUCGCCAAGUACACGAGCGCGGGCCGGCUGAUGUGCACGCUCUGCGGGGAGCAAGUGAAGAGCGAGGCGGUGUGGCAGGCUCACGUGCUGGGCAGGGGGCACAAGGAGAGGGUGGGGAGGCUGAAGGAGGGGCAGGGGGCGGGGCCUGUGGCGUCUUCCUCUUCAGGUAAGAGGAAGGUGGGGGAGGAUGAUGAGGAGGAGGAAGAUGGAGGAAUGAAGAAAGCAGGAAGAGAUGCUGUGCUGAAGGUGGAAAAGAGGAAAAGAGAGGGGGAGGUGGAGAAAGAGGAAGAGGAGAAGAAUGGAGGGGGCAAAAAGGCCAAGACUGGGGGUCUUCCUGCUGAUUUCUUUCAAAGCAAAUCAAAAAUCAAAGUUUCAGCAGGUCUUGGGCUUCUGGCUGGGCAGUAUGGUGAUGAUGAUGAAGAUGAGGAAGAGGACAAUAAUGAAACAAAUAAGAAGGAUGAGCAAGUAAAGCAUCCUAAAGGUACAGAGGCCAAGACAUCCAGUGGUGGUGCCUCAAAACCUCCAGCUGCUCCAGAUGCUUCUUCAGAUGUUUCAGGCCUCCCUGCAGACUUCUUCGAGUCCACCGCCUUGCCCACAGACGAGCCAGAUGAAGCAGACAAGACAGCCAAUCCUGAGCCAAAUCCACAGCUUCCCGAGGGCUUCUUCGAUGACCCCGUGAAGGAUGCCCGCGUCCGCAAUGUGGACACCCCACGGGAGCAGAUGGACCGCGAGUGGGAGGAGUUCCAGAAGGAGAUGCGCAUGGUCAACACUGCUUCAGACGCCAUCGUGGCCGAGGACGAUGAGGAGGGUCGCAUCGAGAGGCAGAUCGAUGAGAUCGAUGAGCAGAUCGAGUGCUUCCGCAGGGUCGAGAUCCUGAGGGCCAAGCAGGAGGCCGUGCAGAGCAGGAAUGCCCAGCAGAAAGACGAUGACGAGGAGAAAGAUGAAGAUGAGGAUGAUGAUGAUGAGGAAGACGAUGAGAAGCUGCUACAUGUGCUGUCUAGAGACUGGAGAGCCAAGGGAGCACUGGCGUAGGUCCUGCUACUUCAUUUAAGCUCCUGACUCCCGGACACCUGAAGCAACAUCUAUCUGGACACAUCUGGAUGAUGUGACUAGACUAAAGCAGUAGAGAUGUUCGCAUCCUGCUCAAAAACAGCUUGAUCUCAGACAAAGCAGGUGUUUGAGCAGACGAGCCACUGAACUGGCAACAGUGAUGGGGAUGACAUGGGGUUGGGACACCCCUGAUCUACCUACAGUGUGGACCUUUGCGUACACUGAGAUGUUUCAUUGUUUUUGUGUAAAAAUCCUAAAAUAUUUGUCACUGGGUUCUAUUUUCUUACUGUUCUCCAUUAAAUAUUAAAUAAGUUUAACAACA